GACUUGAGCUGCGGCUGGAUGGGCAGGUGAGGGCGGCAGGUGAGGCGAACAUUCCAUUCCCUGCCAGGGUGUGGGUCCACCGUGCCAGGUGCGCCGACCUGAGGGGAGGGGGCCGUCCCGAGACCUUCGGGCGGGGAUCGGUUGCCUCCGCACUCUCAGGACCCGCGCUGGCCCCAGCCCAGACACCGAAACCCUUCCCAGCCGGGACGGGGCCUGCUGCAAUCCCCGCCGGUCCCCAGCGCUACCUCGAUGAGGCUGCCCCCGCACUCCCUUUUGCUGCUCCUGCUGCUACGGGCGGUGCCGGUGGUGGGCGGGCCUUGGCAGUGCCUACGCAGCCCCCAUACAGCUUCCCGCGACUUCGAUGUGAAGUACGAGGUGCCCAGCUUCUCAGUGGGGGCUCCGGUUCAAGCCGUGGCAACCUAUGAUGGCGAUGAGGAAGGGAGUGCCGUGUUUGUGGGCACACGCAAUCGCCUGUAUGUGCUUGGGCCUGACCUUCAACUGAUUGAGAGCCUGGUCACUGGCCCUGCUGGGGACCCUGGCUGCCUGACGUGCGCAGCCUGUGGCCAGGGCCCAUAUGGGCCACCUGGUGACACAGAUUCGCAGGUGCUGGUGUUGGAGCCCGGCCUGCCCGCACUGGUCAGCUGUGGCUCAAGUCUGCAUGGCCGCUGCUUUCUGCAUGAGCUGGAGAUCAACCAGACAGCCCUGCACCUGAAACCUCCAGUUUGCCUCUUCUCAGUGGACCACAACCGGCCGGAAGACUGCCCUGACUGUGUGGCCAGCCCUCUGGGCACUGUUGUGACUGUGGUUGAACAGGGCCAUGCCUCCUACUUCUACGUGGCAUCCUCACUGGAUGCGAAGGUGGCAGCUAGCUUCAGCCCACGCUCGGUGUCCAUCAAGCGCCUCAAGGCCGAUGUUUCAGGAUUUGAACCAGUCGUCAGAGGGCUGUCAGUGCUGCCCAAGUACCUGUCCUCCUACCGUGUCCAAUACGUGCACAGUUUCCGCUCCGGAGACUUCGUCUAUUUCCUGACCGUGCAGCCAGCUAUCGAGUCCCACACUCCUGGAGUUUUACAAACACGUGUGGCACGGCUCAGCGCUACAGAGACCGAACUGGAUCACUACCGAGAGUUAGUCCUCGACUGCAGUUUUGCGCCUAAACGCAGGCGGCGUGGAGUUCCUGAGGGCUUGCAGCCCUACCCGGUGCUAAGGGCGGCCCACACUGCUCCGGUGGGCGGCCGACUAGCCGCUGAAUUGAGCAUCAAAGAGGGCCAGGAAGUGCUAUUUGGGGUCUUUGUGACUAGCAAAGGCAGUGACCCGAGCAUGGGUCCCAGCUCUGUGGUCUGUGCCUUUCCGGUUCACCAGAUGGACACCCACAUCGAGCAGGGCGUUAAUCUCUGUUGUGAGUCUUCAGGCCGGCCAGCUCUCCAGCGAGGCCUCAACUUAUUCCAGCUGCCCAGUGUUUGCCCCAACACGCCCGGCAUGGUAGCCCCCAACACCAGCUGCCACCACUUUCCUCUGCUGGUCAGCAACAGCUUCUCACGCGUGGACCUGUUUGAUGGGCUGUUAGGAUCAGUGCAGCUCACUGCACUAUAUGUGACACGUCUGGAUAAUGUCACAGUAGCCCACAUGGGCACAACUGAUGGGCGCAUUCUACAGGUGGAGUUGGCCAGGUCUCUCAACUACUUGCUGUAUGUAUCCAACUUCUCACUGGGCAGCCAUGGGCAGCUUGUGCAACGGGAUGUCAGUCGCCUUGGAGACCACCUGCUCUUUGCUUCUGGCGACCAGGUAUUCAAGGUACCUAUCCGGGGCCCCGGCUGCCGCCACUUCCUUACCUGUGGGCGUUGCCUGCGGGCACAGCGUUUCAUGGGCUGUGGCUGGUGUGGAGGCAUGUGUGGACAGCAGGAGGACUGUCCUGAUUCCUGGCAACAGGACCAUUGCCCACCUAAGAUUACUGAGUUCUACCCUCACAGUGGACCUGUAAGGGGCAGCACAAGGUUAACCCUGUGUGGUUCCAACUUCGGCCUGCACUGUCCUGGGCAGAAGCCUGAGCCCACCAUUCAGAUCACCGUGGGCCAAAGUCCCUGCCGGCUGCUGCUCAGAUCAACCCACAGGCAAAUGUACCGGAAGGACUUUGGAGAAGAGCUUGAGUGUGAACUGGCCCCCUCUGGCCUGCAGGCAGUUGGGCCUGCCAACAUUAGCCUCACCAUAACCAACAUGCCACCAGACAAACACUUCCGAAUAGAUGGCUCUUCUAUGCUGCAAGGCUUCUCUUUCAUGGAGCCAGUGCUGAAAGCAAUACAGCCCCUCUUUGGCCCACAGGCAGGGGGUACCUGCCUCACCCUUGAAGGCCAGGGCCUGUCUGCAGGCACCAAUCGGGCUGUGCUGGUCAACGGGACUGAGUGUAAGCUGAAACAGGUCAGCGAAGCGCAGCUUUUAUGUACCACACCCCCUGGGGCUGCUACGGCCAGGGUUCCCAUUCGCCUGCAGGUGGGAGGUGUCGAUGUGCCUGGCUCCUGGACCUUCCACUACCAGGAAGACCCCAUCAUGCUGGGCAUUAGCCCCAACUGCGGCUACAAUGGUUCCCAUGUUACCAUUCAUGGCCAGCAUUUAACUUCAGCAUCACAUCUGGUUCUGUCAUUCCAUGACGGGUUUAGGACCGUGGAAAGCAGGUGCGCGAGGCAGCUCCCAGAGCAGCAUUGGUGCCGCCUGCCUGAAUAUGUGGUCCGAGCCCCCCAGGGCUGGGUGACAGGGAACCUGAGUGUCCGGGGAGAUGGAGCUACUGCCUUCACACUGCACAACUUCCGCUUCCUACUCCCACCCCACCCACCCAGCGUAAAUCUGGCUCCACUGAAACCUGAGGAACAUACCAUUAAAUUUGAGUACAUCGGGCUAGGCGCCGUGGCGGAUUGUGUGGAUAUGAACGUGACUGUGGGUGGUGAGAGCUGCCAGCAUGAGCUUCGGGGGGAUGUAGUCAUCUGCCCCCUGCCUCACUCCCUGCAACUCGGCGAGGAUGGCACCCCACUGCAGGUCUGCGUGGAUGGUGAGUGUCAUAGCCUGGGCACCGUGGUCCGGCCAAGUCUAGAGGGGGUUCCACAGAGGACACUCAUCGGGGUCCUGCUGGCCCUUCUUGUGCUUGUGUCUGUACUGGCCUCCGUGCUGGUCUUCAACUACCGGCGGAGGAGACAACCAGUUGGUUCUCUAAUGCUGGAUGAGCUGCCACCCCUGAGUAGGAACUUGAGAACCAUGCUGCAGACUCAAUUGUCCUCAGAGUCUGACUACAGAAGUGGCCUUGCAACCCCUAAUGUUGAUGGUGUGGAUUCCCCCACUUGGGUGCACAGAACAUCCUUCUCAGACAACGGGGACGGGUCCUGUGUCCCACUGCUACGGACAAAAUCCAUCCAGCUUGGGGAACUGGACUCUGCGCUCCUGGCUGAGGUCAAGGAUGUGCUGAUUCCCUAUGAGCGGGUGAUCACCCACAGUGACCAAGUGAUUGGCAAAGGCCACUUUGGAGUUGUCUACCAUGGAGAAUACACAGAUGAGGGCCAGAAUCAAGUCCACUGUGCCAUCAAGUCACUGAGUCGCAUCACGGAGGUGCAGGAGGUGGAGGCUUUCCUGCGCGAGGGGCUGCUCAUGCGUGGGCUGCACCACCCAAACGUGCUGGCUCUCAUCGGUAUCAUGCUGCCGCCGGAGGGGCUGCCUCGCGUGCUGCUGCCCUAUAUGCAUCACGGAGACCUGCUCCAGUUCAUCCGCUCACCCCAGCGGAACCCCACAGUGAAGGACCUCAUCAGCUUUGGCCUGCAGGUAGCCCGCGGCAUGGAGUACCUGGCAGAGCAGAAGUUCGUGCACAGAGACCUGGCUGCUCGGAACUGCAUGCUGGAUGAGUCAUUCACAGUCAAGGUGGCAGACUUUGGUCUGGCCCGGUACAUCCUGGACAAGGAGUACUACAGUAUUCGACAGCACCACCAUGCUCGCCUACCUGUCAAGUGGAUGGCUCUGGAGAGCCUGAAGACCUACAGAUUCACCACCAAGUCUGAUGUGUGGUCAUUUGGUGUGUUGCUAUGGGAGCUUCUGACAAGGGGUGCUCCACCGUACCCCCACAUUGACCACUUUGACCUCACUCCCUUCUUGGCCCAGGGUCGGCGUCUACCUCAGCCUGAGUUUUGCCCCGAUUCUCUGUACACGGUGAUGUGGCACUGCUGGGAGGCAGACCCGGCUGCACGGCCCACCUUCACCAUGCUAGUAGAGGAACUGGACCAUGUGGUGGCCAUGCUGCGUGGGGACCACUACGUGCAGCUGCCCGUGGCCUACGUGAACCUGGGUCCUGGUGCCUCAGAUGAGGCAAACAUGACCCAAGAACAACUGCUAUCUCCUCCUGUGCGCAAAAUCACAGAGCGGCCCCGACCCCUCUCAGAGCCACCUUUGCCCACGUGACCACAGCCCUGGUCAGGUCCUCAGGGGCCAGAACUGCAGAUCUGUCACAGGCUACCCCCAAGCUGCUUCUGAGCCAUACCAGGCCAGGAGGUGACACGACCUGGCCUCUGCCCUCUCCUGCCCUUAACCGUAACCUUCAGGGACAACAGGAAGAGAGCAGGGCACACUGGCCCCUCACUCCACAGAGAGAGCCAGUGAGGCCCUUCAUGCAGUGAGUAUUUAUGGAGCAUCUGCUGUGUUCCUGGCCUUCUGGGCACAGGGGAAUCAGCAAACACAGACACUGGCCCUUGAACUAGUAAAUGA